AUGACGGAGUCUUGCAGGAAAGGGUGCAACCAGCCCUGUAGCGAACAAAAUGAUACGCCGGAUAUUGAAGAUUUCCGCACAGAGAUCAAUUCACUGAAACAACAAAAUGAAGAAUUGGCACGAAAACUCUCGAGUCUUUCCCAUACUCCGAGCACUCCCUCCUCUCGAACAUUGCGGUCCGAAAACUGGUUCUCCAACGGCAGAGAGCCAGCCCUCAGCACUCUUUAUGCAGACCGAUAUCUGAACUUCGGAUUAACCACUGAGGAGUUGAUGUCUAGGAAACCUGUCAUUGGAAUCGCGCAGUCGGGAUCUGACUUGUCGCCUUGCAAUCGGUAUCAUACACAGACGGCCAAGAGGGUGCGUGAAGGCAUCAUAGCCGCGGGAGCCAUCCCACUCGAGUUUCCGACCCACCCUAUCCAGGAAAGCUCAAGAAGGCCUACGGCGACGCUGGACAGGAAUCUAGCGUAUCUUGUGCUCGUGGAAAUUCUCCAUUCGUACCCUCUGGACGGUGUCGUCCUGUUGACUGGUUGUGAUAAAACCACGCCUGCUUGCUUAAUGGCUGCUGCAACUGUGAACAUUCCUGCCAUCUGCCUGAAUGUCGGGCCAAUGCUCAAUGGAAGGAGGAAUAUGGAUCUCAUCGGGACUGGAACAGUUCUAUGGCGGGCGAGGGAGCUGAAAGCCGAGGGCAGAAUUGACGAUACGGAAUUCUUCGACAUGGUAACCUCAGGAACUCCAUCUGCAGGACAUUGCAACACAAUGGGCACAGCUUCGUCUAUGAACGCCCUGGCCGAGGCUCUUGGAAUGGCGUUGCCAGGGUCAGCAUCCAUCCCAGCGGUCUACCGAGAGAGACUGCAAUGUGCGUACAAGACAGGCCGGCAGAUCGUCGAAAUGGUCCGUUCAAACCGCAAGCCAAGUGAUAUUAUGACACGCGAGGCAUUUGAAAACGCGAUCGUUGUCAAUAGCGCGAUAGGUGGGAGUUCCAAUUGCCCUAUCCAUCUGAUCGCUAUUGCCCGACAUAUGGGUAUAAGUCUUGAUCUGGAUGACUGGGACCGUUUAGGCUACUGUAUCCCUCUUCUCGUCAAUGUCCAGCCAGCGGGAGAGUUGCUGUGUGAGGAAUAUCACCACGCUGGGGGACUCCCUGCGGUUAUGGCUGAAUUGUUGGAAGGUGGAAAACUCCACGCCAACGCAUUGAACUGUACUGGUCGAUUGGUGGGAGAAAUUGUGAAAGGGAAAUUCUCCUGGGAUCGGAGGACUAUUCGACCGUACAGCAAGCCGUUGAAGGAGAACGCCGGCUUCCUCCACCUGACAGGAACACUCUUUGACUCGGCAAUUAUGAAGACUUCGGUGAUUUCGGAGGAAUUCGAGGCUAGAUUCCUCCGCAAUCCCUCACGACCUGGAAAAUUUGCUGCGUUUGAAUGUAAAGCGAGAGUAUUUGAUGGGCCUGAGGACUACAACGAGCACUUGGACGACGAUGUCCCCAUGGAUGAUCGGACUGUGCUCGUCAUGCGCGGAACAGGCCCGAUUGGCUAUCCUGGCGCGCCCGAAGUGGUCAAUAUGCACGCCCCAGGCCGGCUAUUGCAGUCCGGGGUGCGGUUUCUGCCGUGUAUUGGCGAUGGGAGGCAAUCAGGGACUUCGGGUUCUCCGUCCAUUCUACACGCCUCCCCCGAGGCGGCUGUUGGAGGCAACCUGGCGAUCCUUCGCACAGGUGACACGUUACGUAUCGACCUUGAGUCCCGGCGGGUUGACCUGAUGCUCUCCGACGAAGAGAUCCGGAGCAGAAGAGCCACAAUCGCAGGCAAGACGGCGGAACUGACUGCUCCCAGUCAGACCCCUUGGCAGGAUAUCUUUCGGCAUGAGGUAGGGCAGUUGAGUGAUGGCAUGGUCCUCAAGAGCGCCGUCAACUAUCAGAGAAUAGCGGAUCACUUUGCUGUGCCUCGACACAAUCAUUAG